AUGGCUUCCAAGCGCUCCCCAUUGUGCACCAUUUUUAUCCUAUUCAUGCUCUUCUCUUGCUCUCCAUCUCUUGCUAGCUCCUCUACCUCAACCCCUACUUUCCCAAGUACCAUUUGCAACUCCACACCCCAUCCAUCAUUCUGCAAAUCCAACUUACCACCAAAUAAGCUCAGCACCAUUCAUGACUAUGGCAUGUACUAUCUUCACCAGUCCUUAUCAUUUGCAAAAGGCUUUCUUUCGCUAGUCAAAUCAUACCCAAUAGUAUUCCAUUCCUCAUAUUCUAUAUCCGCCAUUCAUACCCUCAAAGAUUGUCAGCUUUUAGCCGACUUGAACGUGGAUUUCUUGUCAAAAACGUUCCAAACUAUUAUCUCCACAAACAGUCUAAGUAGCAUGCAAGUCGAGGAUUUGCAUACAUUGCUUAGUGCCACUUUGACAAACCAAGAAACAUGUUCUGAUGGUCUUUUAGAGUUAACAUCUGAAUUUGACUCUAGCCUUAAAAAUAGUCUCUUGGGUCCUCUCUCUAAUGGAACUAAGCUGCAUAGCAUAUCACUUGCGCUUUUUAAGCAUGGUUGGGUUCCAAGGACAAACACAAAGAGUUUCCCAACAGAAAGAAACCACAAUAUGUUUUCCAAUAUGGAAAAGAUUAUGAAUGGUCUUUUUCCUUUCAAAUUGUCCGUAACUGGAAGGAGGUUGCUUCAAACAACCCUUGGAAAUGUAUUGGUGAGCCGAACGGUGUUUGUGAACCCAGAUGGUAGUGGAGACUUCACCACUAUCAAUCAUGCUGUGGCUGCUGCACCAGAAAAUACUGAUAUUAGUAAUGGAUACUUUGUCAUUUACAUUGCAGCUGGAGUUUAUAAUGAGUAUGUUUCCAUUGAUAAUAACAAGCGCUAUUUGAUGAUGAUUGGGGAAGGUAUCGGCCGGACUGUGAUCUCAGGCAAUCACAACAAUGCGGAUAAUUGGACUACAUUUAAUUCUGCAACAUUUGCUGUUGGUGGGCAAGGGUUUGUUGCUAAGGAAAUAUCCUUUCGUAACACUGCCGGACCAAGGAAGGCCCAAGCUGUGGCUGUACGAAAUGGGGCCGACCUGUCCACAUUUUAUAGAUGCAGUUUUGAAGGCUAUCAAGACACAUUAUAUACCCAUUCUCUUAGGCAAUUUUAUAAAGAAUGUGAUAUUUAUGGUACAAUUGAUUUCAUAUUUGGCAAUGCAGCAGUUGUGUUCCAAGAUUGCAACAUUUAUCUACGACUUCCAUUACAUGGUCAAUGCAAUGUUAUCACUGCGCAAGGCAAAACAGACCCAAAUCAAAAUACUGGGACUUCCAUGCAUCUUUGUAGCAUUAGGGCGGCUGAGAAUUUAGAUGGAACAAAAACAUACCUAGGGAGGCCAUGGAAGGAGUAUUCAACAACUGUUUAUACGCAAUCCUUUAUGGAUAGCCUAAUUAAUUCUAAAGGUUGGCUCACAUGGAACGACUCAGGCUUUGCUCUGAAUACAUUAUAUUAUGGGGAAUAUGAUAACAAGGGCCUAGGAUCAGUCACUAGUGCGCGAGUUACAUGGCAUGGUUACCAUGUCAUGAAUAGAAAACAGGCGUAUUAUUUCACAGUGUGCAAUUUUAUACAUGGUUAUAAGUGGUUGCCUGCAAUACAAGGGCCUUACACUUGUGGUUUACUAUAA